AUGGAGGUUCUACUUGGUAUCACCGGCAAGGACUUUGUCAUUCUGGCCGCCUCCAAGGCCUCAAUGCGCGGACCGACAAUUAUCAAGGCUGAGGAUGAUAAGACACGGCAGUUGAACAAGAACACCGUCAUGGCUUUCUCGGGGGAGGCGGGAGAUACAGGUGAGUGGAACAUACGGAAAGUAGGACUAUCCAAGCUAAUCCAUCUGUCUUGGAUAGUGCAAUUCGCCGAAUACAUCCAAGCAAACAUCCAACUAUACACGAUGCGGAACGACGCCGAACUAAGUCCUAACGCGGUGGCCCACUUUGUCCGGGGAGAAUUGGCACGAAGUUUGAGAUCGCGGAGUCCUUACAUGGUCAACUUGCUGCUUGGUGGAAUGGAUCCGAUUUCACAAGAACCGAGUCUGUAUUGGGUGGAUUACUUGGCGUCGCUGGCUCCGGUGCCUUAUGCCGCCCACGGUUACGCACAGUUCUAUUGCUUGUCCAUUCUCGACAAACACCACCAUCCCGAUAUUAAUCUGGAGCAAGGCUUGAAGCUCCUCGGGAUGUGUACCGACGAACUGAAGCGCCGACUGCCGAUCGACUACAAGGGUGUUCUGGUCAAGGUGAUCUCGAAAGACGGCGUGAAAGAAGUAGACUUUGACAAUAACCGAAUCGUCACGAGCGCUUAA